AUGCAUUUCAACGUCAACAACUACUGGUGCAGACAACUUGUUUUGCCAGCUUCAAUCCUUAAAAAAGUGGAACAACUUUGCUCAAGGUACUUCUGGAAAGGAGCAGAUAAAUCUGCUGUUGGUGCUCGUGUGAGCUGGGAAAUUAUUUGUCUAUCCAAAUCGAAAGGUGGCCUCGGACUGAAGAACAUUAAAUCUUGGAAUAGAGCUUGUCUCAUUCGUCUAAUUCGGAAAAUAUUAGCGGGAGAUGGAUCACAGUGGGUUGCAUGGUUAAAGGCAUACGUUUUUAAGGAGCAGGACUUUUGGCAAUUCCGAGCUGCUGCAAAUGUAAGUUGGAGUAUCGGCAGAAUAUUAAAAUCAAGGGCUGAAGCUCUUCCAAUUCUUUCAGUCGGUUCUCCGCAAGUAAAGGAAAUUUGGGACUUGAUUCGAUCUAAAGGGCAAAAUGUUUCAUGGCAUAAAAUAAUUUGGUUCCCAUUGCAUAUUCCGAAGUUUAGUUUGAUAGCUUGGAUGGCUUUACUGAACAAAUUGCCAACUAGAGACAGGCUUCUUCGAAUGGGAAUUAGCACUGACGGUAUUUGUGUUAAUUGCAACAACUCAAACGAGACAAGGGACCAUCUCUUUUCGCACUGUUCACUAGCAACAAAUCUCUGGAACUCAAUUCUGAACCUUAAUGGGAUGAAGACUACUUAUUUAUCAUGGGAAGAUAUGGUUUCGAAGGCAUGUUCAUCAUGGAAAAGGAGGUCUCUUUUUAUUACCAUUCUUAAACUCUCUUGGACUGCUUUUAUCUACUCUUUGUGGCAGGAAAUAAAUCAGAGAAUAUUUCAAGGAAGACGUAGAACGAUCAAACGCUUGCUCAAAGAUGUUAAAGACGUUGUCGGAAUCCGCCUCAGGAGAACUAAUAUUAAUAGACUUGAUAGUACGAACUUAAGGCUUUGUAAGGUUUGGGGUAUAGUCUAA